AUGGCACCUAAAAAGACUCCAAGUGAAACACUUUCAAUAGAAAAAGCUGUUCAACGCAUUCACGAAAUGUGCGUGAACAAUGCAGAGCGGGUGAAGAAAUUAGAAGAGCAGUAUAAUCAAAUGUUACAGAAUUUUACACAAAAACAUGAAGAAAUAGAAGCACGGAUCGUUAAUAUACAAAGUCAAAAUAGUGAGAUGCAUAUGAAAACGACAUCAACCUUAGAAGAAAAUAAACAACAAAUUGAUGAAAUCAAACAACAAUGUAAUGAAAUGAUGCGAAUAUUACAUUCUUUAACUAAUACAGAACAACUAGAACCAGAAAAUAUUCAUGAGGCUUCAAAAACGGCAAGCAAUUAUUUAACAUCAAUUCAACCAGCGUUAAAUAUUGCUGACCAUCUAAAUAACACUAGUAAAUCUGUACCAUCUUUUCUGACAAAUGAGAUUCAGACACAAAGGUCACAAACAAUUAUGAUACCUUCACCGACGACAAUACCAACUUUUUCAGGGAAAUGUUUAGAAAGUCCGAAUCAAUUUCUAAUUCGUAUUCAAGAAUAUACAGAGGCAGUUUACGGAUGGAAUCAAACUACUUUACUCUUUCAUAUUUCUGAAUUUUUACGAGGUACCGCAUUAAAUUGGUAUUGUCAAUUAACAGCUACUCAUCAACGUCCAAAAAUAUGGGCAGAAUUUGUCAGGUUAUUUCUCUCUCAAUUCAAUCCCCAUGUACGAACUGUUUCUCACAAACAAGAGUGGUUACAAUGUAAACAAUGGGAAGAUGAAACUAUAAGUGAAUUUUUGAUUCGCUUACGCAGUAUUUGGUUCGAACAAAAGCCAAAGGAAACGGAAGCUGAUUUCAUAAAACAUUUACUGUGCAAAAUGCGAAGCGAUUUAUUUACUAUGAUGGGUGUAUCCCCUGGUGCUUCUCUAGAUGAAAUUAUAUUGAAGGCUCAAAAAGUUGAAGAAAUUUUAUAUCUUCGUAAUGAAGAACAACGUGUAACAGAGUAUUUUAAGCAAAUUUCAUUUAAAGACAAUACUUUAGAUACACAUAAACAUCGCAAUGGUAAUGAUAUUAAUCAUCAUAAAUCAACUCAAUUCUCAAAUUUAGAAUACUCAUUGAAUGAACAAGAUGCUUCUCCUCAACGAAACAAAUAUUAUACAAAAGAGCAAUGGAACGAUGAUGAAUCGUCGCAAAAUGCAAAUUCUAACGCUCAAUUUACUGUGGAUCAUAGUUCGUCAAAAACCUCAAAUCCUAUCAAAUGUGGCAGCUGCGGAAUUUUUGGACAUUAUACUAAAAUUUGUCCCAAUAAUAAUGCAAAUAAUUAUCAAUCAUCAACAUCAAAUUCUCAUUCAAAAAACGCACACGGAGCGUUGAGAGAACGGAAUCUCGACGCUCAUCCAUAA